AUGGUUGAUGUUCCCAGAAACUUUCGCCUUCUUGAAGAGUUAGAAGAUGGCCAGAAAGGCAAGGGUGACGGAAAUAUUUCGUGGGGAUUGGAGGAUGAUUCAGACAUGACUUUGACUAGAUGGACUGGAACCAUUAUUGGACCUCCUAGAACUCCGUUCGAAUCUCGAAUUUACAACCUUCGUAUUGAGUGUGGACCUAGCUAUCCCAGAGAAGCCCCCAAUGUUCGUUUCACAACUAAAAUUCAUAUGAAUGGAGUUAACCAGACGACAGGAGUGAUUGAGAAGAAAAAUUUGGCUUCCUUACGUCAAUGGAAUUCCAGUUACAUGAUCAAAUCAGUUCUGGAGGAUAUCAGAAAGAACAUGAUGCUUGCCAAAGAAAAUAUGAAAUUGCCACAACCAUCUGAAGGAGCCACUUUUUAA